AUGGCCCACAGCCUGGCGGGGUUCAUUCUCAAGCAAUGUGUCGUGGUCGCCGAUGCCCAAAAAGAUAGGUUUCGACUCCUUAGGGAAGCUUUGGCUGGCAUUGUCUUAAUGGGCUGCCCCCAUGCCACAAAAGAAGCUCGUCGAACGGAACUGUACAACAAGUCGAACGACAUUUUGCGAUUAUCGAAUCUCGGACGACGCGUCAAAGAUCGCCUGCAGUACGGGCAAGAGCUGCUGAAUACAUGCAGAAGAUUCGACGAUGUGUGCAACGACACCAACAUACUCUCACUGCACGAGCAACGACCAACAAGAGUUCCGGUGCGCUUAGGGUCAUCGGCGCAAUAUCUCGUGGGAAAGCGAAUGGCCAAGAUAGACUCUGGAAAGCCCGAAGUUUUGACUAGCAUUGAUUCGGACCAUCGAAGCCUACCAAGCCUUGAAGAUGAUCAGGCUCCCUUGAAACUGGACGAGAUCGCCUUCCGAGAGUUGAAGAGGAUACUCAGCAUGAGCGGGAGGUCAUCAUUUGACAACGCUGAACCCGUAAUGCCUGGUGUUGUAACCCGGACACCUGUCGCGUUGGAACCACUGAUCCAAGCUUUCGUGAAGCCUAGGCUUCCCAACCUUCCAUUCUUCGAGCUCAAUAUAUCGCGACAGCGUACCAAAGAUUUCCACGGUCGUGAGGAGGUACUCGAGAAACUGGAUACACAACUCCUGUCGGGCCCAAAUAUGGCCAUACUGUACGGCACGGGCGGCUUUGGCAAAUCUGAAGUUGCUUUAGAGUUUGUACAUCGCCGUCGCGGUCGCUUCGAUGCAAUCUUCUGGCUAAAGGCAGACAAUCUGUCCAAGAUGCGUCAAGACUUCGGACGCUUUGCGGCGCAGCUUGGCCUUGAAGAUGAGGGUGGAGCCACAGAUCCUUUCACCAGCCGCGAAAUGAUGAAGACCUGGUUGGAAGAACCGAUCCAGGCUCCAAACAAGAGUGGCAGACAAGUUGCAACAUGGCUCGUCGUCUUCGAUGGCGCGGACGAUCUGAAGGUGUUGAAUGAAUUCAAGUCGAUAUAUGGAAAAGGCGCAAUCUUGGUGACUACAAGAGAAGCAGACUCUGUUGAAAUUCUCUCGGCCGACAUGCCCACGGACUCGGUAUCAGCCUCCUUGUUCGCCACGAAAAUGCAUACCUUUGGGCAAGAUGAAGCCGUUGAUCUGCUCGCCAAGCUUGUGCGUCUCAACAUGGAUGACGAAGAAGAGCACCAGUCAGCUAGACAGAUCGCAGGAAUAUUGAACGGCUUGCCACUUGCCAUCAACCAAAUGGCAGGUGUUAUCAACAGUCAACAUCUGACUCUGUCGGAGUUCUGCGAGCGUUAUCAGGACAUCGACACACGAGGACUUCGCCAUCACGGUGACUCCGGCCGCCUUGGUAGCCAGAGUAUGAUCUCUUCUAUGCGCAUGGCAUUACUCAGUCCCCAAGCUAUUGCUCUCCUGAAGAUCUUCGUCCUACUGGACCCUGAUUGUAUACACGAGAACCUUUUCGACAAUCUCGCUGACGCAGACAUCGUUUUCACGGGAUUUCCAGCAACACAAGCCGAGUUUGUGAAGUCCAGAAACGAGUUACUCCAAGCUGCUCUCGUCCAGCGUAACGGAGCAAGACAGGAGCUAUGA